ACCACACAACGCUUCAGCAGCCUGCCCCGCUACGAAAAGACGAACGCACCUGUUGCUGCCAUCAACUCUUCAACGUUUCCACCAACCCCAGUGCCCUUCUUGCUUGAUUGAGCCGGCGUCAUGGGACUUUGGAUAUCUAAACUGUGGUCGCUGUUCGGGGACCAAGAAGCUAGAAUUCUCGUGCUCGGUCUGGACAACGCAGGCAAAACAACCAUUCUAUACCGGCUCCAGGUUGGCGAGGUGGUAUCGACAAUCCCCACCAUCGGCUUCAACGUGGAGACGGUAACGUACAAAAACAUCAAGUUCCAAGUGUGGGACUUGGGAGGGCAGACCUCCAUCCGGCCCUACUGGCGCUGCUACUUCCCCUGCACUCAGGCCAUCAUCUACGUGGUGGACAGCACGGACACGGAGCGCAUCGGCAUCAGCCGGGACGAGUUCAAGGCGCUGCUGGACGAGGAGGAGCUGCGGGACAGCCUCAUCCUGGUGUUCGCAAACAAGCAGGACCUGCCCAACGCGCUGAGCGACGCGCAGAUUGCGGAGGGGUUAGGGCUGCACGACAUCAAGAACCGCGACUGGGCCAUCUUCAAGACGUCCGCGGUCAAGGGCGAGGGCCUGUUCGAGGGCCUGGACUGGCUGGCCAACAUGCUCAAGACGCGCCGGAAAUGAGGAGGGCAGGGGAGAGGAGGGCAGGAGGGCAGGAGGCGGCGGGCAGCAAGGGAGGCAGAGGAAGGCAGGAAGGGAGGAGGGGGAGCUGGGAGAGGUGACGGAGGCGGUGCUGGAGAGGCACCGCACUACAGGGGACAUACAUGUGUGUCGGGUGCGAGGUUGUGUUGGAAGUUGGAAGGGGUGGAGGCGGGAGAACGAGGCGGGUAGCUGAUGAAGCAGGCCCGGUAGGGGGCCUUUUGAAGGACCGUGGCGAUGAAGCCGAGUCCGAGGCGGGAGCUCAGACUGGCAGGCGUAUGGUUUAACGCAUUCCUUUGGUUUCUCGGGAGCAGCCUCGGUAGAAGACAUGAGCUCAGGUGGGCUCAAUGUGAGGGCAGGUGCUGGUGACAUGCUGGACACGCGGAUGCGCAGAGGCCCGUCGCUCUGCAUGCGGGCGAUGCCGUGGCUGACAUUUUGACCUGCGUGCGUGCCUAGGGCUUGCUGCGUGCGGACUGUACGCGGUACGAUACACGGACACAAGAUGAUCCGACAAAGCCGACAAGAGUAACUCCUUGCAAGGAACUGAGCAACAUCCGGAAUCUGCUGGUGUCCAAUGCUGGUGUCGAGGACUGAGUGUGAAUUCCAUUGCGUGA